AUGUCGGACGGAUACAACAACUAUCGGACAGCGCGCGUGGCGGAGUUGCUGGCCGACUUCCGCACGCUGCAGUACUACAUCGCUGCUGCCGACUGCAACCCAGCCGACAUGGACGACUAUUACACCGAGGGUUGGGCCCAGCUCCGGCAGUGCGCGCUAGACGGCCAACACAUUCUCAACUGCGCGGCCGACGUGACGGUGCCACGCGCCAACGGCGGUCCCGAUGAGCAGGAGAGAGCCGAGUUGAUGCAAGUCCUUCUCGACGCGUACGCUCGUAGGCACGAAGGCCAAAAGAUCUACCUUCGGCAGCAGGCAGCACAACGUUGGAUUCAGUGGCGGGACCAGAUCCUCGCAGGUGGGCGGCCACACUCGGGGAACCAGGCACAGCUGGACGUGGUCGACCAGCAGCUGCGGACUGAGCUCGCGACUAUCACCGACGAAGUCGUUUAUGCCGACCUGCAGAACUCUGACUUGACUAUGGGCCGCUGGACGGCCGAGGAUCCAUCCCUGCGUGCGGUACAACGCUGGGUGCGGACACGUAGAUGCUGA